AUGAUGGUUGCUGGAUCAGAUUCUUUGCGAGACGUCAGUUCAAUAGCGCUCAAGACCGUAGUUGGUCAUCUUCCCGUGGGAAACACGGUAUUUGUCACCAACCUUAUGAAACGGCUAGUGCCAAAACUGAAUGCUGCAUUAGAGCAAACUAAACCAAAUGACUCAGUGCGACUGGAGAUUGUCGACAUCAUUGGAGACGUACUGAAUCGUUUUGGUUCUUUAAUAACGUCUGUUCACAAAGAUACCCAGAAAGUACUGCUCGAUCAACUGCUGCUCGAGCGACCUGCGCUCAAAAAGAAAGCCACGUUAGCUUUAGCAUCGCUGAUGUCUGUAUGUUCGCAUGAACUUUUCAAAGAUACAAUGGAUGUGUUUGUGGAAAGAUUAACCGAUGCGAAGGGAUCAAAUUCAAUUCGUACAUAUGUAGUCGCCUUGACUUGCGUUGCGAGAACCAGUGGACCUAGGUUUUCUGACUAUAUAUCAAGAGUGCUACCAAAAAUUUUGGAUCAUGUGGAAUCUGCCGAUGAUGAUGAACUCAAGGAAGCUCUUUUACAAUCUUUGGAAACAUUUACGUAUCGCUGUCCUAAAGAGAUGGCUGCUUAUCAAAGUCGCAUCCUCAAGAAUGACGAUUUCACAAAAAUAUAUGCUGUUGCCGCGCUUGCCACAUGA